AUGUCUAGCUCCCGGGCUGAAUCACAGGCAUCGCAAUACGGCCGUAGGCGGUCCAACACCGCGCAGUCCCUCUACAGGCCACCACCACCACCUUCCCUUGUGCCGCUACGGUUUGGGGACACCAAAACGCUGACAAUCUGGGUACACGAUCCCAGCCAGCCGCCCGGCCCGAACGUCAUCCUGAACCAUGCACACUGGCCCGGCGUCGUGGAGGGGGAUAUGCUUGCCGACGAAACGUCUGGCUUUCUGUUCAGCGUACAAAAGGACGAGGCUUCUGCGAGGCAGCAGCUAUCCAUACCACGACCUAUAGCAGAGAAAUUCGACCUGCGUAAUCACGGGGAAGUGACCCUGACCAAGAUAGACAGGUCGAAGUACUGUGCUGACUACGUCGAGCUGACAUUCCAAGACCAGUAUUUGGGACGCAAUGAGAUGUGGAGACUUGGAUCUCACCUUGUUGGACAAUGCAUCUACGUCCAGCAGGAGAUUUCAUUCAUCGGGGUGAUUGGGGCCAAGGUGCAGGCGAUCUACGUCGACGGACGCAAGGUGCCCGCGGCCUACGUGACGCCCGCAACGAAGACACUGUACCGCUCAUUGUCGGCGAAAAUAACCAUCUUCAUCCAGGUUUGUCGAGAGCUUUGGCAGUUCGCCGGCGACGGUGAGCGCUACAACGAGAAGAUCGUACAUUCCUUCCUUCCCGAGCUAUUCGCGCAGUGGAACGAGGCGAAGACGAAUCACAUCGUGACGAUAGUGCUCAUCUCACGCGUCUUCUAUGACAGCUCCGAGAUCGACUACGCAGCCGGGCCCCUCCGGCAGGACGACAGCGGACGGUGGUACAAGGACUUCUUCAAAGUCAUCACCGACCUCGAGGUCCUGUACGACUGGAAGCCUACGCUGGUUGACCUGAAGACGUCCUUCUGGAAAUUCCAGCGCGAUAUCUUACUUGCACACCAUUUCCAUCGCGCGUCCCUGUCAUCUGAAGCGCAGCCUGAACAAGUUCGACUCGUAGGCCAGCUCUCGUACGCUCGCGAUGGCCCGCUGCUGGAGGCUCUGAAUCUCGGACUGAACCCUACGGAGACCCACUACAUCGAUCGCUCACUCUCUCUGACGGGUUCUUCGACCAUCGUUAUCACGCCUGGGACAGGUUACUUCCAUGUGUCGAAAGAGCUCUUACGUCUGACGACAACCCGAUUGCUGGACCAAGGCUUUGCGGUCGAACUUGUCUCGCUCGCCAAGCCCCCGCUGCACCAGAGCCCGAUCUUCUCGUUCCAGGCGGUGGAUCCUGAGCUGACGGCGGCAGCGGUGAAAGGCGGCCCGAGGGCAUUUGAUCCGCUGUGGGCGGACGACGAUGCGUCGCGUGAGUGGGAUGUGGAGAAGACCACGUUCUGGUGGGAACCCUUCUGGAUGACUGUGUCGUAUUGGGACAAGCAGAUGGAUCAGCCAAUCAGACCAGACAGAUUCGUUGCACGAGCGAAGAUGCACGAAAUUGAAAUGCUCGGCCUGCUUGACCACGACGUAUUAUCCAACAUCGAGAUCCCUUUCUUAACCAACCUCGUGCCGAAUGAAAGCACUGGUCCUGUCACAACGGAAGACGCAGACCAGUUCGACUCGGAUAUCUUCUCGUGCGGCCAAGAACCUCAAGCCUCUUCACACAUCCGGCGUAGUCUUACUCUCACCUCGUCUGGAAGCGGCACCCUCUCUCGAGCAUCGACUGUACGCCUGUCCGGGAGCUUGAGACUGAACGCAGUCAACAGGGCUUCGACAUCGUCUGCCUUCCCUUCUAUCGAGGAAAGCCCACGAAACCCUCUCUUGGACCUCCCGGCGGAGGGUUUUCCCCGCGAUGUGGAGAGCAGACUCCUGUCAGCAACGUCGGGCGGGUUGAGCACAUCGCCUUCCCAGUCAUCCAUGCGAUCCGUUCGCUCGUCUCACUCGCACAGGAGUACGGGUUCCGCUAUGUCGUCAACAAGCCAUCGGUCGCGAUCCGGCAAGCCCCCGCUCCCGCGCGGCUCAACGAGCAUGAAGUCUCGCUUGACCCCGUCAUGGCUGUUCAACCCCUUCAGGAGCGGUAUCAGUCAACCACAAACGUCUCCGGUGUCAAUAUCCACUAGUGGUGGCGGGAACUCCGAAAGCCAGGGCACAUCUCACUCCAGCAACUCGUCGAACACCUCGACUGCCGUCCCAACGCCGGAAACAUACUCUCCGGAGAAGAAGGCGAUCCAGAUCCCGCGGUCCAACUCCCUGCGCAAACGACCUACAGAUGAAGAGACGUUGGUCUCUCGUCAGGCAUCGCCGAAGCGGCUCUCCCCCCUGAACGCUUCUCCGCGCGACUCGUUCUUGGCCGGUAGACGGCGGACGAUCAGCAAAACAUCCACUCAGCUUUCCAUUGCCCCGUCUGCACCUCUGCUCCGAACCAACCCUAGCAAACCAACCGCAGCAGUCCCGUACCCUCUCUCUUCCCUCGCACGGCGGUGGCAGCACCUAUUCCCACAGCCCCUCUCCAAACACGAUACCAAAUGGAAGGCGAUGAUCAUCCCGGGGUGCUUGCCGCUCACGACGGAGUUCUUCCCAUCUAUGUCUGAACUGGAGACGACGUACGACAUGCACCCAUAUGACUUCGUGGUCGAACCGUCGGGGGUGCAGUCCUUCUUGGUGAGACCGCCUAGCAUGGUGGGGAACGCGGACGACGUCCGGCGCGCCUGGGCGCUCGUAGUGAUGCGCGGAAUGGUCGCUGUUCGAUUAGCGCAGGGCUUCCAGUUCGUGAUACGGCCGCCUAAGUCCAUCCAGCAACAGGAGGACGCUCACAACGCCCUGCGGCGCACGCGCUCCUAUCUCGCUGAGGACGACAUGAGCUCAAAACCGGCGGGUAUCGCGGAUGUUCUCAAGUCUGCGGACGAGCCGGUUUACCUGAGCAUGAGCAACGAGAUACAUCGCAUCGCGUAUAUCGGCGAUUCUGUUCAGGUGCGGCGAUGGGUGCGCACGAUGCCGCGUGCGCGACCUCUGAACUACCAGUGCCUUAUCUGGCCGAAACUUGGGGUCGGGUACACUGAGUUGAUGACGUCCUUCGUCUCUCAUGGACUAGAGAACUACGGUUGGAAUAGGCUUGACAUGCUGGUUGCGGGUUACGAGAGUCAAUUCAACGACUCGAUACGCUAUUGGCGAACUCGCUUCGUCGUCAUUCCCACUGACGAGUCGCCGGGCAUUCAUUCCGGUCCUAAUGGAGAGGAGCUCAACGACGAAGAAGUACGCCUGCUUGGUAUCGAUAAGCUCGCCGAGCUAUUCUCUCGGGCCCGCUGGAUCCCUCCCGAAGACCGUGGCAAGCCUGUCCCACCACUUCGAUUCCUUACGACCGAUCUAGAUCCGGCUGCGAGCGUCCUUGACGAGUCUCUGACGGCGCAACUGGAGGAGAUUCACGCUUCUGGUCCGCUACGCAAGAAGCCGAAGAGUGCCAAGGACAUCAGCGAUAUGUCACUCGCCGUAAUUGCGAAGGCUAUGCGGGAGGAGGACGGUGUGCCUAUCAAAGAACACAGAUGGCACGGCCGGAAGUAUGCAAAUUCAUUCACUGGUUCAGACUUCGUGUCCUGGCUCGUGCGCGAGUUUCGCGAUGUUUCCAAUAGAGAGCAGGGCACCGAGUGGGGCGCGAAGUUGCAAGAACAAGGCCUGUUCGAGCACUGUAGGGGGGCUCACGGAUUCCUGGAUGGGCACUACUUCUACACCUUGCGCGGCGAGUAUCUUGUUCCUAUGACUCCACGAGGAGGCGGUUGGUUCCGCGCAGCCCGUCACGUCUCGGGAGAAGAAUCAAGUGUGAGGACUGCUCAUUAUCCUGGGAAUGUGGAGAAGGGUUCGCCAGCAUCUCGCAAGGCAAGGAAGCGUCUGAUUUUCAGUCAGAGCAUGGUGAUAGACAUUGACCCGAACAAGCGGAGUGACCAAGCGGAAUCAGUGAUCCUGCACCACGAUAUCAUCCACAAUCCUGCCACUUGCUUCCACUUCGAGCUGCAGUGGAUUGGCACAACCGCACGGUGCAUCGAUGAUCUUCUCCGUCAGUGGAGCCGAAGCAUCGAGCGCUACGGGCUCAAGCUGGUCGAGGCUUAUGUGACGCAAAUCUGCGACAUCCAGGAGCGUAAUCCGUUCCAGUCCUGUUUCCCUCUGCCGCUGGCUGAACCCCCGCCGAUUGUACCUGACUUCGAGAAGCGGGUAGCGGAAGGCGUGCAGACAAGGCAUUACUUCGAGUAUGCCAUCCUCCGCAAGUUCGGCUUCGUGGUGGAUAUCGAGGCUGCAUCUUUAUACCCAGACUCGGUCGAUGUCGUCUACUCGUACCGUCGCUCGCCCUUCAAAUAUUCGCAAUGGGUACAUCGCUCCGGAGUCGCCUUCGUCCAAGUCCUAGGUGGCCGGGAAGGAUUCCUAUUCCUCACCAAUCGGUUAAUGGCACCGGGCCGCCUUGGCACGGCUCUCAACCAUCAGAGGCCUGCAGCUGCUGCUGAACACAUCCGCAUCAAAAUGCAAAGGUUAUGCUCCGACCGCGAGGCGCUACGUAGGUUCUACGAGGAAGAACUAGCUCAGCUACCCCCGACGCUUGAGGAACCUCCUCCGCUACGGAUAUGA